AUGACCCUGCUUGCCGUGUCCUACUGGGAGACUUCUGCGGUGCAGCGGCGCUUGCGGUUUCGCUGGCAAAGCCCCUCUGGCAUGGCCUCGGAGUCGGCGGAGGACCUCUUGCCAUGGCAGAGCCUUGCCGUCGCGCAGCUGCAGCUGCCGCUUGGCGGCUCGCAGCACAGCGUCGAGUGGCGAACUGCAGUGACUGGCUGGUGGUCGUUGGACAUCGAGCAGCAUAGCGCAACCCCGCUGGCAGAGGUACCCGCUGCUUCCAGAGAUGACCGCCGCCAUGUCCUUGCAAGGCACCGCUUCUUUCUGUUCGAUGCAGAUGCGGUGAACGUUGAGGUCAUCCAGGAGUUGUUCAGUGUCGACCCGGUCUAG